GGCUUCCACAUCAACGUCGUAAGUUUUACUCCCGUGUCUCUGCUACAAACCUGUGCUGAGAACUUCGUAUGGUUACAGGUGACAUAAUUUGUCCUCUUCCUGUAUUUGAUUUGACUUGGCCUCCAUAGUGAUUGGAAAUCCCCGAGGCACGCCAGAUGUCGCUCAGCUGUUUUUGUUCCAGUAGCUACCUCUAAUAACGCGGCUACCAAAUCAGGGGCGAUAAGCGGUUGGUUAAAUCCAAAUCCAGGUGCCAAAAACCCAUCCCCUGUAUGGAUAACCGUUGAUGAACUGAACGAGAGUAGCUUGCCGAUAGCCGGUUGACGGAAGUCUCAUGAUCGGAAUAUAUUCGAGCAGCAUGGAAAGGGAUAGGAACGGUGCCAAACCUGUCGAAUUUAUUUUGGAAACGCCAUGAUAAGCUCUGCGCAAAAUCCUAUGAUCAGCUUCUGGCUCUGGACCGAAACCCAAACACAAAAACUUUCGAGAUCUAAUGCCAAAUGUGAGGACUCUGGGGUAGAUAUCUUAUAACCAACAGGAAGGGCUAUGGUCUAGCCCUGUGGAAUCGAACGCUUAUCACGAUCAUAUGGGGAUACUGAGACCUAACACAAACAACCAAUACUGUACGAAACGGGAAAUUGUUUCCCUCGUUGGCUAUGGUCCUUGGCACUCGAAAAGACAGGUGAGUGUCUCAGAUGAAUCAUCAGGAGAGGGCUAAAGAAAACCCGGGAGACGACAAGAUCACUUUUCUUGAAGAGCAUUGGGGGACUCUCCUGCCUCUUAUGAAUCAGCAUCAUAGCUUGAACAUCGAAAUCGGAAAAGUCUGCGGUUAGCAAACGAAUCUCCCGAAUAUCCCGAAUCUCGGAGCGCUCUACUCGUGUUACCAGGGAUUCCGGGGAUCACGACAAGGAAGGCUAUGCACGUUGAUUAUCAAUCCUUUUCUGGGCCAGUUUAUUUUGGAUAUCAACCUAAUUUCAGGCUAGUUUCUUCGAAUGUUAGUGGUCCUUCUAGUGGGAGUCCCGCGGAAAAGAGUACAAAUCCGCCGGGGUUUUGAUCAAGGGUGGUGGUGGUCCAGAUGACCACGCAUCGUACGACUUUGUUGAGUAUGAACUGGAGGUUUCCCUAUGCCUCAGAAACCAGCCUUUGGUCAAUAUUGGGUUGCGCAUUUGCUCCAUUGAGAACCCAGAAGAUUGUAACACCCUUUUCCUUCACUACCGGCAGUAAGGCUUACACUUGUCUCACCCCGCCGUUCUGGGACAGGCUCAGUCAGCGCUGAGAGACCACGGGUGUCAAUCUGAAAACAUUCCGGGAUGCUAUUAAUGUUAAUUUAUCCUUAUUUCUGUCAAAUGGGUAUGCUCAGGUUUGAUUUUGGUUACACAUGUGGAACAUGGUGGCGCAUCAUGGCAACAAAACAGGGAAUAGAAACCCUUGCCAUAGAAGUACGCCUAGCAGCCAAUUGAGUCAAUUUCCAUGGUGCGAUGGCCGCUCAAUGUUGUUGGAUCAUGAUGGGGUAAGAGGUGUCGUUGAAUCGCCCAGAUAAGAACGAUUUUCCCUGAUGUCAUUUGUUCUUCCCAGCAUGCCUUUGUUCUCGCAAAACGCCAUUGAGAAAUGAAGUCCAGCAAAAAUCUGAUAUCAGAUAUGGCCUCAUCCUCCUCGCUAGCAAGAAUUCCAUAUCGGCCUGCAAAUGUGCUUCCAAAGACGAUACCCCCACUCAAUAUCUUUCGGAUGCUAGCACAUUCCCCUUCGACGCUACCUCAUCUUCUUUCUCUGGGGACAGCAUGCUUUCGCGAGACUUCUCUAUCUACAUACACCAACGAACUUGUCAGUCUUUGGGUUGCAAAGCGUGCAUCGUCAGACUACCAUUGGAGGAAACACGUGCCGACAUCAAGAAUUGCGGGGUUAUCCGAGGAUCAGAUAUCAGCAGUCUCAGAGGGUGAUCUUAUGACACCAUUGUGGGCAGAGAAAGACAAGGCACUGUUGAAAUUCCUGGAUGCUGUCAUUGACGGUCCCGGGGUGUCGGAAGAGAUCUUUCGAAGGGCAAGGGAGUUCUAUAGCGACCAGGCAUUGGUGGAGAUUGUUGUUAUUCAGGUCAGAUGCUUUCCUUCCGGUUUCGAAAAUGCGGUUCACAUGCUUAAUGGCUUACAUUGGUAUUGCAUUAGGGUUACUUUUACAGCAUGGCUCGUGUGGUGACGGUCUUUGGUGUCGACUUUGAAGGAAAAUCAUCUGCGAAGUGAUUAGGGGUGAGAUAUUUGAGCAUUGGAAGCUUGUCCAAUCAUAGUAAGUCAGGCUUCUUGUUGUGGGGAACUGAGUAUGCAUGGGAUCUAUCAGUUUUGCUUUGUCAGGC